GGGGCCAUGGGGCGCGGGGGGCCGGGCCGGUGACGCCGGAGCCAGCCCAUGGCCGCGGCCGCCGAGGCGCCGCCCGUGGUCUACACCAUGGAGAACAAGCCGAUCGUCACCUGUGCUGGCGACCACAACCUGUUCUCAUCCCUGUUCCCAAUGCUGUCCCAGCAGCUGCCACGGGAGCCCAUGGAGUGGAGGAGGUCUUAUGGCCGUGCCCCCAAGAUGAUCCACCUGGAGUCGAACUUUGUUCAGUUCAAAGAGGAGCUGCUACCCAAAGAGGGGAACAAAGCGCUGCUGACCUUCCCCUUCCUGCACAUCUACUGGACCGAGUGCUGUGACACAGAGGUGUACAAGGCCUCGGUGAAGGACGACCUCACCAAGUGGCAGAACGUCCUGCGGGCACACAGCUCCACGGACUGGCUCAUUGUGGUGGUGGAGAAUGAUGCCAAGAAGAAGAACAAGACCAACAUCCUCCCCCGGACGUCACUCGUGGACAAGAUCAGGAGCGACUUCUGCAACAAGCAGAGUGACCGGUGCGUCGUGCUCUCUGACCCGCUCAAGGACUCUUCGCGAACGCAGGAAUCCUGGAACGCCUUCCUGACCAAACUUCGGACACUGCUGCUCAUGUCUUUCACCAAAAACCUGGGCAAGUUUGAGGAUGACAUGAGAACGCUGCGGGAGAAGAGGACAGAGCCGGGCUGGGGCUUCUGUGAAUACUUCAUGGUUCAGGAGGAACUGGCCUUCGUGUUCGAGAUGCUGCAGCAGCUGGAGGACGCACUGGUGCAGUAUGACGAGUUGGAUGCCCUCUUCUCGCAGUAUGUCGUCAACUUUGGGGCUGGCGAUGGUGCCAACUGGCUGGCGUUCUUCUGCCAGCCGGUGAAGAGCUGGAACGGGCUGGUCCUGCGCAAGCCCAUCGACAUGGAGAAGCGGGAGCUGGUGCAGCGGCAGGAGGCCACGCUGCUGGACCUGCGCAGCUAUCUCUUCUCGCGCCAGUGCACGCUGUUGCUCUUCCUGCAGCGGCCCUGGGAGGUGGCCCAGCGUGCGCUGCAGCUGCUGCAUAGCUGCGUGCAGGAACUGCGGCUGCUGGAGGUGCCCGUGCCACUCGGCGCCCUGGACUGCUGGGUGUUCCUGAGCUGUCUGGAGGUGCUACAGAAGAUCGAGAGCUGCUGUGACCGUGCCCAGAUCGACUCCAAUAUCGCCAACACCGUGGGGCUGUGGGACUACGCCACAGAAAAGCUCAAGGCCUUAGGCGCUCUGUGCGGGCUCGUGUCGGAGAAGGGCCCUGACUCUGAGGACCUCAACCGGACUGUCGACCUCCUGGCGGGCCUGGGAGCUGAGCGCCCAGAGACGGCCAACACAGCCCAGAGUCCCUACAAGAAGCUCAAGGAAGCGCUGUCAUCGGUGGAGGCCUUUGAGAAGCACUAUCUGGAGCUGUCCCACGCCACCAUUGACAUGUACCGGCGUAUUGGGCGGACGCGGUCGGCGCAGCUCGUGGGGAAGGACCUGGCCGAGUUCUACAUGAGGAAGAAAUGCCCGCAGAAGGCUGAGGUGUACCUGCAGGGCGCCCUGAAGACAUACCUGGCCGAGGGCUGGGCCCUGCCUGUAGCACACACCAGGAAGCAGCUGGCUGAGUGCCAGAAGCGCCUGGGCCAGACUGAGAACUACCUGCAGACCAGCACCCUCCUGGCCAGUGACGAGCACCUUUCCGACGAGCAGCGCCAGCAUUUCUGCCAGGAGAUCCUCAGCUUUGCCAGCGAGCCUGCAGAUGACUCUGGCCACACGGUUGUGCUGCCCUUGAGCUCCUUUGCACACCUGAGCGACCUCCGCUUUGAGCCUGCCACUGCCGUGGUGCACGCGGGUGGCGUGUUGGGGGUGGACGUGACCGUGUGCAGCCGCAUGCCUGUGCCCUUGCGCCUGGACCACAUUGCCCUGCACUUCCACUUCAGCCUGGACAAGAACAACUACCGCAAGACGGCCGAGUGGCUCACCACACACCAGACGGCCAAUGGGCUCGUGGUCUUUCCCGCGGCGUCCACCGCCCUGCCUGCCUCCCAGCACAGCAUGCCAGCGCCUGAGCUGGCUGAGCUUAGUGAGCGGAGCCCUGCGGAUGGCGCCCUGAGCACGGCGGGCAUCAUCUGCCGCAACGCGCACCUGCUGCUCCGCAGGUCUGACAGCACCACUGGCCCCGAGGCACCUUCGAGCCUCGCUCUGGACGACGGGGCCCACGUGCUUCGUAGCAGUGGAGUCACACUGAAGCCGGGGCCCAACCUGGUGACCUUCAGGACGCAGGCCCAGGAACCUGGCACUUACACAUUGCGGCAGUUGCGCGCCUCGCUGGGCCCCGUCCACUUCGUGCUGCCGCACCUGUCCCCGCCCCUGCACUAUGACGUCUACUCGCAGGAGCCGCAGCUGCGCGUGGAGCCCCUCACUGAUGGCCUGUUGGCGGGGAUUCCGCAGAAGGUGAAGUUCACGGUCACGACCGGCCAUUACACGGUGAAGAACGGAGACAGCCUGCAGCUGAGCAACGCCGAGGCCCUACUGCUUCUCUGUCCCGUGGGCGGCCGUGCUCUCGUCUGCUCCAACAGCAGAGAGAAGGCUUCUGAGGCGGCGCUGCGCGUCCAGUCAUCCGACAAGGUCACGAGCAUCAGCCUGCCUGCAGCACCCGCCUACCACAUCAUUGAGUUCCAGCUAGAGGUGCUGUCCCUGCCCUCCACGCCGGCCACUGAGGACUGUGGCCCAGACGCACAGGAUGCUGGCACGGCCAUGAGCACCACCGACCACAAGGUGUCCAUCGACUGCCCAUGGUCCAUCUACUCCACUGUCGUUGCGCUGACCUUCAGCGUGCCCUUCCGGACCACGCACGCUCUGCUCUCGGCGGGGACACGGAAGUACGUGCAGGUGUGCGUGCAGAACUUGUCAGCCCUCGACUUCCAGCUGUCGCACAGUCAGCUUGUGGAUGUCGAGGACAGUGGGGCCAUGCAACUGCUGCCUCUGAACACGCAGGCCCAGCAGCCUGUCCACAGCCAGCAGAGCGUCUUCUUCGUCUGGGAGCUGCAGUGGGCCCGGGAGCCGCCCUCGGUGCUGCAUGGCCGCUUUUCCGUCAGCUUCGUGCCUGCGGCCGACGAACGGCCGGCCCUGUCCCUGGAGCCCCACACCUAUGAGUUCCGAGUGGAAAACUUCUUUACACUGUACACGGUGCGGGCGGAGAUCCUGCCCCCUGUGGGCACCCCGCACUGCCGGACCGGCUUGCUGUGCUCCUUGGACGUGUCCAUCACACGCCUCCUGGACCUGAUGGAGGUGGACAAGGACGAGGCGCUGUUGCAGUCGGGCGAGCACUUCUCCACCAAGCUGCUGUAUGAAGUGGUGGACAACAGUAGCAACUGGGCCGUGUGCGGGAAGAGCUCGGGUGUCAUCUCCAUGCCCGUGGCUGCCCAUGCCACGCAUCGCGUGCACAUGGAGGUGAUGCCGCUGUUCGCGGGGUACCUGCCGCUCCCCGACGUCAGGCUCUUUAAGUACCUCCCGCACCACUCAGCGCACUCCACUCAGCUGGACGCGGACAGCUGGAUCGAGAAUGACACUCUGGCGGUGGACAAGCACGGAGACGACCCGCUGGACGGAGGCAGUGCCCGGAGCCGGGGCGGGGGUCACACGGUGGGCAACAGCGAGCACAAGGGCCUGCCCAUGCCACGCCUACAGGCGCUGUCCCCCGGCCAGCUUGUCAACGCCAGUGCGGGCACCCAAGUGCUGGUGCUGCCUGGCCAGGAUGACCGCGUGCUGGAAGUCAGCGUCACGUGACCGCCCGCCGCCCUUCUUCCUCCCGCCUCCCCCCGGCCAGCCCGGCCUGGCUCUGCCUCGGGGAGGAGGGACGAUCGAGCCUCUGUGCCUUUGUGCUGGCCAGGAGAGGUGGUGCCAGGCCGCUGGGAAGGGGCAGCCGGCGGGCGCAGAGGGCGAAUGGUGUGCCCGGACGCCCUGCCCUGCCCU